AUGGAGUCAGACAUCUCACAAGCCUUCCAGAAAGAACUCACCUGCUUCAUCUGCCUGAGCUGCCUGACAGACCCAGUCACCAUAAGCUGUGGUCACAGCUUCUGUCGAGCCUGCCUCCACCUUUCCUGGGAAGACAUCCAACCACCUGUCCGAUGCCCUUUGUGUAGAGAACAAUAUGGGAAGGAAUUGAGAACUAACAUUGUUUUGAAGAAGCUGGUGUCCAUUGUCAGACAAGCCAGCCUCAUGAAGGACCUGAGCUCUGAGGAGCAAAAGUGUGUGACCCACGAGGAUACUAAGAAGAUCUUCUGUGCUGAGAACAGGAUCUUCCUCUGUCCACUCUGCUCAAACUCUCAUGAGCACAGAGAACACAGACACUGUCCCAUUGAAGAAGCUGCUGCUGAUCAAAUGGACAGACUUUUGAAGCAAAUGGCAUCUUUAUGGGAGAAGGUCCAAGAAAAUCAAGAGAAUUUAGAGUCAGGAAACAGAAUGAGAACUCUUUGGACGGGUUUGGACGACAUGUUCAGAAGUGCACAUUUCCUUACCAAACAUAACCAUUAUCCAUCACAAGAUAAACCUGUUUAA